AUAAACCUAUUUUACGAUUUUGCGUUUGAUUUUGAACACCCCCGGUACUGCUACUACUGCUGAAGUAGUCAUUAUUACCUUGUGCAGUAUUUACAUAGGCUAGUCCGCACUCUUCUAAAACCGAAUUUGCUUCUCACACUUGUUACUCCCGAACUCGUUGAAGAAUGAGAACCAAAUCUAUAGUUGCAGCGGGUUUCUUCGUGCUGCUGUUGAUCCUUACGGCGUCGCAUGGCUUCCAAUCUGACGAACUUGUGGUGGACGAUGAAGAGUUUGGUCUGGAAGGUGGAAUCCGAUCCCAAUCCCGUUCCUCCAAUCCAAAUAACGUCAAACCUUCUUCCGUUCAGUCGACCCGGAAGAGAUCCGUACCCGAUUCAGAUUCAAAGAUCCAAUUCACUCUUGAACAUGCUUUCGGUGAUUCCGACUUCUCCCCUGCCGGCACCUUCACUGCUCGCCUCAAAUCUUCUUCCCAUGGCUCCCAGACGCAAACGCUGACAAAGCUUCGCUUCUCCAGAAAUGCUUUUACUGGAACAGAGAAGGAGGAUUUCAAAAAACUCUUGAAAAGUGAUGACUUUUACAGAAUAAGAGUACCAUCCAAUGUAUUGAACCUUCCUGGCAGAGAAUACGUUGUUUCCUCGGUGAAAGCAAGGUGUCUUCCUCGGGAUGGUUUGGAAGAGCACUUUGUCAUACAUAUGGAUGGUGUGAAUAUUUUGGCUGUUAAUUAUGGUUCCCCUGGUGCAUGCCAGUACCCUCGUCAAUUGAAGUUUGAUCCGAAGUAUCGGCCUUAUUGGGUAGAAUGCCUUCCGCUGUGGGUUAUCAACCGACGAAGGGAGGAUCACAUAAGACCAUAUAAGGAGAUCACUUAUCCCUUUUUCAUCCGAUCUGAUGUGGGAUUCUUCAACAGAUACCAUCCCAUACAGGAGCCUGCGAAAUGGUCCUUUAACUCGCAUACAGUCCUAAAACCUACUGAGCAGGCACCCAGGCAAGUCACUGUAAUUUUUUAUUUUCCUUAUUUUUUUGACAUUGUAUCCUCCUUUUGCAUAAAACAAGUUACAAGUGGUAACAAAUCAACUUAGGUAAGUAGAUUAUCA